AAAAUGGGCCCAGUAGGUGCAGAGGCUGAUGAGAACCAGACAGUGGAAGAAAUGAAGGUGGAGAAGUAUCAUCCACAGCAAACCACUCCUAGAGGUGAGCUGGCCCCCGACCCUGAGCCAGAGCUUAUAGACAGCACCAUGCUGAUUGAGGUACGGAUUAUCCUCAUAUUAGCUUAUUGCUCCAUCAUCUUGCUUGGGGUAAUUGGAAACUCUUUGGUGAUUCAUGUGGUGAUCAAAUUCAAGAGCAUGCGCACAGUAACCAACUUUUUCAUUGCCAAUCUGGCUGUGGCAGAUCUUCUGGUGAACACCCUGUGCUUGCCAUUCACUCUUACGUACACCUUAAUGGGGGAGUGGAAAAUGGGUCUUGUCCUAUGCCACCUGGUUCCCUAUGCCCAGGGCCUGGCAGUACAAGUGUCCACCAUCACCUUGACAGUCAUUGCCCUGGACCGGCACCGUUGCAUCGUCUACCACCUGGAGAGCAAGAUCUCCAAGAGAAUCAGCUUCCUGAUUAUUGGCAUGGCCUGGGGCAUCAGCGCCCUGCUAGCCAGCCCCCUGGCCAUCUUCCGCGAGUAUUCGCUGAUUGAGAUUAUUCCUGACUUUGAGAUUGUGGUCUGUACAGAGAAGUGGCCUGGCGAGGAGAAGAACAUCUAUGGCACUGUCUACAGCCUUUCUUCCUUGCUAAUCCUGUAUGUGUUGCCUCUUUGCAUCAUAUCCUUUUCCUACACCCGUAUCUGGAGUAAACUUAAGAACCAUGUGAGCCCUGGAGCUGCCAAUGAUCACUACCAUCAGCGAAGGCAGAAGACCACCAAAAUGCUGGUGUGUGUGGUCGUGGUGUUUGCGGUCAGCUGGUUGCCUCUCCACGCCUUCCAGCUUGCUGUGGACAUUGACAACCAAGUCCUCGACCUGAAGGAGUACAAACUCAUCUUCACUGUGCUCCACAUUAUCGCCAUGUGUUCCACCUUUGCCAACCCCCUCCUCUAUGGCUGGAUGAACAGCAACUAUAGGAAGGCUUUCCUCGCAGCCUUCCGCUGUGAGCAGAGGUUGGAUGCCAUCCACUCUGAGGUGUCUGUGACAUUCAAGACUAAAAAGAACCUGGAAGUCAAAAAGAACAAUGGCCCCCGUGACUCUUUCACAGAGGCUACCAACGUCUAA